GUAGACUGACGGCUAGUGCAAGAACAGCUGAAGGGAACUAGCAGUAUACUGUAGCCCGUGUCUCCUGUCCAGAGGGAGCUGCCUUCCCCCUCUUCCAAGAAGCCACCCCAUAUAUUACGGGGACUCCAAGCGAAAGCUGAAAACUAGUCUGUCACGAUGGGUGAAAUAGAGCAGAUGAAGCAGGAGACUGAGCAGCUGAAGAAGCAGAUUGAGGAAGCUCGAAAAGCUUGUGCUGAUACUACACUUGCUCAGCUUGUUUCUGACAUUGAGGUGGUUGGGCGCAUACAGCUGCGGACACGGAGGACUCUGCGUGGACAUCUGGCCAAGAUCUAUGCUUGUCACUGGUCCACAGAUUCCAAACUCAUGGUCAGUGCUUCACAAGAUGGGAAACUCAUUGUGUGGGACACCUAUACAACCAACAAGGUUCAUGCCAUCCCUCUCCGGUCUUCCUGGGUGAUGACCUGUGCCUAUGCCCCAUCAGGGAAUUACGUGGCCUGUGGAGGUCUUGACAACAUCUGCUCCAUCUAUAACCUCAAGAGUCGCGAAGGAAACGUGAAAGUGAGCAGGGAGCUCUCAGCUCAUACAGGCUACCUCUCCUGCUGUCGAUUCCUGGACGACAAUAACAUUGUAACUAGCUCUGGGGACACCACCUGCAUCCUGUGGGAUAUUGAAACAGGCCAGGCGAAGACCACAUUCAUAGGACACACUGGUGACUGCAUGAGCCUGGCCGUCUCUCCGGACUUCAAGCUUUUCAUUUCAGGAGCCUGUGAUGCCACCGCCAAGCUGUGGGACCUCCGAGAAGGAACUUGCCGCCAGACAUUUAUAGGACAUGAAUCAGAUAUUAAUGCCAUUUCAUUCUUCCCCAAUGGGGACGCCAUCUGCACUGGUUCUGAUGAUGCCACCUGUCGCCUCUUUGACCUUCGGGCAGACCAAGAGCUCAUCACCUAUUCUCACGAGAGCAUUGCCUGUGGAAUCACCUCAGUCGCUUUCUCCCACAGCGGGCGCCUUCUCCUGGCUGGAUAUGAUGACUUUAAUUGCAAUAUCUGGGACAGUCUGAAAGCAGAGCGUGUGGGCAUCCUGUCUGGACAUGACAAUAGGGUGAGCUGUUUGGGAGUAACUGCAGAUGGCAUGGCUGUAUCUACUGGCUCUUGGGACAGUUUCCUGAAAAUCUGGAACUGAAGACGCCAUGUGAGAAGGUUGAAUUUGGAGAGGCUUUUCCAGAUGUAUCUUUGAGUACUACAGCUGACGUUUUUGUUCUAUGCAGAUAUUGAUUCACACUACACUUACCUCCCCAAGGAGAAGCUCAGGGAAAGAAUCCACACAGGUCAAUUCUCCUAAUGCUCUUUGAUACCUUUCCCCAAACUCAGGGGUCCAUUUCUGUGACUGCUUCAGGGUAUGACAUCAGCAAGGUGGCAGUUCCUACUCACUCUACCUAAAUUAGAGGCCCUCAAGAAAUACAUAAAUGCAUCCCUUAUUUCCCCUCCCCCAACUUAUUUUCCAUUUUAUCCUCAUGUCUACCCACAAGGGCCUCAGACACAUCCUAUUAUAGUUUAUCUUCAGACAUGUCUUCAAGUGGUUUAUCACACCAGGUAUUCUGCAAAGAACUUUAUUUACUUUUCUCUGAGAGUAUAUUAGCUCGUUGUUUUACUCUACACAUUACCUGGGGAGGAGUUUGCUGCCCCUAUUUUGAGCACCGGAGCCAGGAAUGCUUAAUGUAACCUUAUUUAUUGUCUACCUAUAGUUAUUCUUCUCAUACCACUUAAUUCCAUAUCUUGCAUCCUUAGCAUUCCAUCAUCCUUUAGGCUCCUCCAAGUUACUGCUUUAUGCUGUAAUUAUGAUAAAGAUGUUUUAUAGCCCAGGCAAAAUAAAAGUGUCACAUUG